UGUACAGAUUGUCAACCAACUUUAACUCCACCAAGGGGGAGUGUAGAUUAUGUUAAUGAUGGAUCCAAUGUUUACGAUUUGACUUGGAACUACAACACUGAUGGACGCACAAUCCAAGAGGUGCAGCUGAAAUAUAGUGGCGCAGGAAAUGCUGAUAUAACUGUGGCUGGAAGAACUCCCACGGGACAACUUCGGGUCAACCCAUUAAGUGGCUACUCAGCUAGCAGAAUCAGCUUCACUGGAUCGUUGUCAGGAAGUGUAGGACAGAUCACUUUCCGUAUAUCCAACAUUGUUCAAAGUGACAGCAGGAUAUUUAAAUGUGACCUAUCUUUCAACUCAUUUAAUCCCCCUGAUAUACUAAGCUCUAUUGAACUUGUAGUGGUCGGUAAGUAAAAUAUUUGUUGUGCUCUGUAGAGUGCAAGCAAUUACAUUGUACAUAUAACCCUUUCCUUGCAAACACCUACCCUAGCCUCCCGUGCGGACAUUCUUAGGGGUUCGUCUUGGGUUCCUGUCCUACAAAAGUCUGCUAAAACGAUCAGUUAUAUUUCUUUCCCAUUGUUCGCAAAUGUUAACUGGAGCUCAAGUGUGACUAUCGGAGAAUGAUCGGCACUGUUGAAGUCAAAGUGUUGACCAGCCAAACAACACACAAGCUCGGUAUAGAGUGUGAUACAUUAAUUGCUGUACGUGACAAAAAAGAGUUUUGCUCCGGACAAGAAUGUAGGAGAUAAGGGUUGGAUUAUUUCUCUUGGUACAAAGGUGUGCAAAUUGAUUCAGCAGUUUGUUCUAAAAGUGAGAUGAUCCUGAUCCUUUCUGAAGUCUUGCGCAGAAUUUCGCAAGGUCCAAAGUGAACUUCCCAGAUCAGAAGUGUGCUGUGAUUGGUCUACGUUUUUUCCCUCUCUUUUCAGCAGACGUUUGUGGGGCAGGAAUAUGUUAUGAACCCCUAAGAACGUCUGCGUGGGAGGCACCCUGGUACCCUGAGGAGCAGUUUCCUGAGAGUAAAUGUCUUUGGUGCUUAUUGAAAGCACUGAUGGUACCAAGAAAAAGACCUCACUGAUACGAAAUCAGUCUACAGUGUAGGUCAUUUAAUUUCUUGAUUUACAUGGUAUUUUGCAAGGGUUAAUUUACCAGAACAUUCAUUUUAAUACAGUGAAACCUCAAGUGUCCGCUUAAUAGAGGUUUGUCGAUAAAAAUUGUGCAAUGUUUGUUAACUAUUAACAUUCAACAGUUACUAGUAGUGUACUGUGAUAAAGUUCCAUGUUGUUAAGGAAGCUAUCCAGAGUUCAAGUUCAUUACCAACCGGAUAUUGGUCUAAUCUACAGUUUAUUGACAGCUAAAUGUACUGAUUUAUCUUUAUUAAUCGACUACAAUACAUAUUUCAAGAACAUAAUCCAAUGCUGCUAUUGUCAAUUCAGUCUAGUGUCUGUUUAAUAGAGUUUUUUAAUAGCAGAAGUAGUCAAUUACAAUCUAUUUUAGUGUCUGCGUCUGCUUAAUAGAGGUGUCUGCUGAAUAGGGGUUCGUUAUAGAGGGAAAUCGAAGACAUUAAUUUCAGCACCCGGCUUAGUGCCAGCUUAAUAGAGGGUGUUCGCUUAAUUGGGCGUCCACUUAAAUGGACAGUGUCCCGAUUAUGCGCACACGUGAGCGUCAUCUGUUUUUUCUUCAAAAGACAAUAGACUGUCAUAAUAGACUUGACAAGAUUUCCUUACGGACCGCACCACCAACGGUGAUUUGUUGUUUACAUUCUCAAGUAAUAUUUUAGAGUUUCAAAGAAGUCUUUCCUCUUAUCUAAAAUUUGGCUCGUGGCAUGAAGACUCAUUGCAAUUUUAUUGCUAGCAGGGCCGCCUCAUGACCCAAAAAAUCUUGAUCCGCUCGCUUUAAGAACAGCUCUUCUAAUGUUAAACUCGUGUCAGAGGUCAAUUGUUCCAAGUCCAGUAAUAUUUUGCCUGAUUUGCUCGCAUUCUAGCCUCAAACGUUUGAAAGACGUAAAUAAAAAUGCAAUCUCAAUUCUAUGAAUCAUCGCAAAGGUUAGUAAAAAAAUUGCAUUAUGAUUUCACGGCACUAGUUUUUCUAAACCUCUUUGUUUGAUAAUUUUUGUCGGCCGCAGGUAGGUUCAUUUCAAGUUUACUAACGCGUCGUUGCAAAACGUUCUGCUUUACGAAGCUUAAUUCCACAAGACCUCCUCAGCCACAUCAAUGUCUCAAUGGUUUCUUUCUUACAGUCUUUAUUGUUGCUGUUUCAUUUCUGUGCAUUCCUUUCACAAUUAUCUGAGCUUGUAUGGAAGCUAGCAGAAGAAAUAAGCCUUCAAUCGGCAUCAAAGCACUUCCCAUCUUUUGGUCCUCCGGCCAACGAUAAUAAAAAUGAUGCCAAUAAAUCCCGAUUUCACCCAAAUCAAAACUUAACGGGAACAAUAUAUCAUUGAUCUGUAAUCCUGAGAAGUUUUAGUGUAGUAUUGAACUCAGCCAAACGUGAUGCAAAUGGAUUUUUCAAGGUUCUUUUAUCCUCCUUACAUCUUUUGAUUUCGCGACAUCCUGUCCAAAAAUCAAAGUUUGGUGCAUGCGCAGUAACUGGAUACUGUUCCUUUAAUAGAGGUUUCACUGUGCACUGUAACUAAGGACCUGUUUACAUGUAGGUGGGGACACCAGGUAGGUGAGGUAACCUGCUUAGGUGGGGUAAAAACAAAACCUUCCUUUACAUGUACAUGCAAUCUUACAACCCCGCCAUCCAGGUGUGCACUUUCUCAAGAUUAUUGAAUGGUUGCUAAGCUCGUAAACAAGAAAAAUGCUGGCAAACCACGUGUUUUGGCAUUUGAUGCUCUUCUACACUCGCUGCUCUUGCUGCAACCUCCAGUGCUGUGGCAUUCUAUUGUUACCUUUAACAAUAAUGCAAAGCCACUGCCAAAGUGUAUUUUGAGUGAAUUUGAUGUAUUGCGAAUCUGACCCUGUGUAGGUGGAUUACCCCACCUUGAAAAGUUUACAUGGCAAAAUUUGACUUCAGCUGAGAGGGUUACCUGGUCUGGCAGACCAGGCUACCCUACCCAUGAUCAAAUUAAAAUUAGAAAACAUAAUGGACUGGCAAGUGGGUUACCUCACCUGUCUCAGGUCCCUCACCUCCAUGUAAACAGGCCCUUUUGGCCUGAUGAUACCUAGAAAGCUUUCAUGGACUCAUUUUAGUGUUCAUCUACAUGUACUUGUCCUGAAAGGGGUACAUGUAUUCACUGCAUGUUUUUGCUGAUCAUCUGUGUUUUCAUUAAUCCUCAGUUGCGCCAAGAAUAACACUGCAAUCUCCACCUACUGUAACAGCAGAUGAAGGCAACACGAUAACACUAUUGUGUGUUGCCACUGGCAACCCCAAACCAGCUAUCACCUGGACAAAAGGCUCUUCAAUUAAGCAGAAAACCUCGAUUACCAACUACACCAUAUCACCAGUUGCCAAAGAAGAAGCAGGAACAUACAGCUGUACAGCUCGUGUUACUGCACCAGGACUGGGCGAGCAAUCUGUUAAUUACCAAGUGACUGUGACAGUGAGAUGUAAGUGUGUUCAGUUUGUGUUAAUUAAUAUGGUCUUUUUAAACUGAGUUCUAAUUAUCUGCAUGAAAUGUUAUGCACAUGUACUGCCGUAUGCCCCAUUUUCCUUAACACUUAAUAAACAGUGUAUUUUUCCCCUGGUUUUCUGGCAUUACACCUGUUUCAGGUGUAAUGUUUCAGCCAUCUAAAUUCAGUUUUUAUUAGUUCAAGAGCCAUUUUGAGUUUUUUCUGUUAAUAAUAUCAUGUUUUGCUUGCUUCACCUUCCAUGCACAUGUAGUACGUACAUGUAGUUCAAGCUACAUGCAUUUAAACUGAAGUCUGUUAAUUAUGUCUAGUAAUGUAGCCUGAAACUGUUUUGUUUGAUGGAAAAAAGUUGCACUAGGAGAUGAUUCGUUUUCUGAUGGAUUCAAAUAAAAUCCACUUAGCUGCCCCAACAAGUUUUCAGGGACUCCUGACAAAUUAUUUAUAGGGAAAAUAAAUCCAAAUCAGACAUACAUUUGUACAUUGUAACAUGAUUAAAAACCCAAUAAAGCAGGAUUCAAAACACUUGUUUACAUGUGAGGUGGAGGUGUUAAUUUUGGAAUAGCAUGCGAUCAAGAUCACAGAUCACAGAAUCUGGACUUUUUUCUGAUUGGAUAGGAAACAAUGCGGAUGAUUUGUUGCUGUUCCAGUUGGCCAAAAUGCCGCCAUCCAUUAGUUGUUGAUUUCAGUCUGUAUUUUUUAUUUCAAAAGAGACUUCGCGCCAAAAUUUGAUUCCCAUCUGGUAAAUACUGAUUGGCUAAUAACAUGGCAGGUCAAGCAAACAUUAGAUUAUGUAAUCUAGGGAGCGGUUGACGGCUUGUUAAUUGAAUGUAGCAGGCGUUACUUUUUCCCUCUCGAGCCAAAGAAACAAAAAAUAAUAGUAAUUAUAAUAACACCUGGUCUCAGGUUAAAGGGACAGGUUCACGGUUCAGCGCAUGCUCGUUAACCAAAGUGCUAUUUUUCUGCCGGGAGAUGCUGUAUCGUCUAUGCAAGCAAUAUGAUCAUGUCAUAAUGAAUUGUUGUCAAAGAACCAAUCUGCACACUCCCCUGGCAGUCACUUGAUCAACUUAGGUGCAAAUAGCUGUAAAUUAAUCAACCAUGGAAUAAAACCCUUGGGUCAACAAUUCAUUCAACGUUGGUAGUGUUGGCAUAAUCCACUAAUUUUCCUGCGAUUUUAGUACUCCUCCUGCCCACUUCAGGUUACUGUGAAAUACACUUCUACUUUGAAAUACACUCUGAGAUCGCUGAUGUACAUGUGAGUGGGAUUAUUAACCGAUAUAGAAUUAAUAAUAAAUUGGAAAAAUGUAAUUUAAUUAAUGAGCAUGCGCUGAACCCUGAACCUGUCCCUUUUAAUUUAGAAAUACAAGUCAUGUAACUGCGUGUACUUAACAAAUAAAUCCAGCUAGUCAUUAGAACAGGAUUUGAAUCUCUGGAAUGCAAUUCAGCCACACUGGCUGAUGGUAGCCUGCAUGCUGUCACAGAUGUAAUCUAUACCCCCAGUUAGUAAAGUCUGCAACAAAGCAGCAGCAGGAUUCUUUUUCUGAUCCCCAACAAAUUUCCCUUCAACCUGAUUGGCAAAUGGACAAUGGCAUCUUCGGACAGGCCAAUGAUGGUGCAUUCUCAGAUCCUGAGGUUUAGUUUUGUCUGUCGCACAGGCUACAAUCCACUUGUAGGAUUAUACAACAUUCUGAAACUGUAUUAAUAAAGUUUUUUUUUCACGUUUUUAGAUAAGCCUCAAAUAUCUUUUCUGACGCCGAAUCGAACAGUAAAUGAUGGCACUGAUGUGUCAUUCUCCUGUCGAGCUGAUGCUGUUCCCCCACCUACUGCAUACAACUGGUUUAAAAAUAGAGUAACAAUACCCAGUGGUUCAAGUGGAGAUUUUGUGAAUUCUGGUCAAGAAUUAACAGUGAAAAAUGUGAAAAAGGACAGUGCUGGCCGAUACAGUUGUUCUAGCAGAAAUGAUGUGGGAACUGGAGAAGAAAGAUCUACCUUUCUUACUGUUAACUGUGAGUUAUACUGUAAUAACAAGUUCACUUAA